UAUGACGGUCAGUCCUGGCAUUCUUAAAGGGGCCGCGUCUACGAAGACCGCCUUGGGCGGGUGUUGGAAAACAACAAACAAGAGAGGAGGACGUAACUUGGAUUGUGAGUGUAAAGGAUUUGCACUCUUCAAAAUAUACUUGGAAAAGAGAAAUAGCGUGGAGAGGAGGCCAUUCUAAAGGUAGGAAGAAAAGGCUGCUGCAAUGAAGAAAACUUGGGAUAAUCGGAAGUGAACUUUUGAGUCAAAGGAGCGUGAGCUCAGAUGCUUCCCUCUGGACUGUGGAUAUAGGAUGUUAGAACAGCAAGAACAAGAGGAGCUGACCACUGUGCGUGUCCAAGAUCCUCGUGUACAGAAUGAGGGCUCCUGGAACUCUUAUGUGGACUACAAAAUAUUUCUCCAUAGUAACAGCAAAGCCUUCACCGCCAAGACAUCCUGCGUGCGCAGACGGUACCGUGAGUUUGUGUGGCUGAAGAAACAGCUCCAAAAAAAUGCUGGCUUAGUGCCUGUCCCAGAGCUUCCAGGGAAGUCCACUUUCUUUGCAGGCAGCACUGACGAAUUCAUCGAGAAACGCAGACAAGGACUUCAACAGUUCCUGGAGAAGGUGUUGCAGAACGUCGUAUUCCUCUCGGACAGCCAGCUCCACCUCUUCCUCCAGAGCCAGCUCUCCGUGCCAGAGAUAGAGGCGUGUGUCCAGGGCCGGGGGCCUCUGAGUGUCACAGAUGCCAUUCUGCGCUAUGCCAUGUCUAACUGCGGCUGGGUGCAGGAGGAGGGUGGCCACGUGGCUCUGCUAGCCAGAGGGGGUUUCAGCAGCAGUGCAUCAGGCUUUGACAGAGGGAGCCAUCUUGCCCAAAGCCUUAUCGAGCCCCUCCCUCUCUGGAGUGAUGUCAGCAUGGAAGACAGCCAGUUGGAGAGCCCCGAUUCCGAGGAAGAGGAGCCCCAUCCAGCAGGGCAGUUGCGGGGUGGCUCUAUAGCAUCAGCUGACCUUGCCAAGGACCAGUGAAAGCAAGCAGGGAAAGGGGCCACCUGGGAUGCACCUGGCACUGGAGAGGGACCUUUGGCCUCUUCCUGGAAAUGCACAUUGCUUGUGGGCUCUCCAGAGCCUGGUGCUUGUGCUCUGACUAGUGACUGGAAUGAACAAUCAAGCCUGGACUAUGGAGAGGCUGGCGGAGAUGAAGCUGAUGCUUGGGAAUACCGAUAGAGCUCUAAAUGCUGCAAUUUGCGCCUGCUGCUGUAUCUUGAUCCUCCUUUGCAGAGAAAGAGUGGCUUCCAGCAAGGGCUUGUCAGUGGAAUGCUUCCGCCCACAUUUGUAGGUUUUGGCAGGCCAUCUGAGUUUUGUUUUGGCUGUAUUUGCUCCCUUCCACCCCGCAUCCAUAACUGGUAGUGCUUUUUGCAAAGGCCCAGCUGUCUUUUGUUCUCCUGUAGGUAUAUGGAAAAUGCUUCGCCUGGGGUUGGACGUUCCUUUGUUACACUGAGCCAGAGGGCCCACCUGCUGGUCAUGAAUGCCAGGCCCACAUCUGGGUUCCCCUGGUGGAGCACUGUGCAGCUGGGAUGAGUGGCUAGGCACCCUCCCAGCUCAUUAGCACUUGAGCCCCCCCCCCCCCAUGGAAGUCUAGCUAAGAGGGGCAUGCUAAGAAUGCAGAAAGGAAAAUGGAACGUGGUCUGUAGCUCUCUCACAUGCUUGAUGCGUGUCUGGGGGAAUGAAAUUUCCUGCAGUAUUUUAUUGCCUUGACACAGCUCACAACCAGACAGGUUGAUAAAAUCCAUGACAUGCUUCAGAAAGGAAGUACUCUCCACACACACUACCCCUGUUUGGAAGGGCACUUGAUGUUGAUCUCAGUAGAGCAGAAAUCCUAGAGGCUGAAAUACAAUAACUUGCAAAUUC